GCUCGUCGCUCUCCUUCGUCGACGACAUCAGCGCCUUCGCCGAGGAGGUGUGUUGCCACGGAAACGUCCUCCUCGUCCCUGUCGCAUGGUGAUGAUGUCAUCACCAAUUGACUUCCUGACUACCUAUGUUUGUUGUAUCAGAUGAUCCAAGCCAUCCGAGUGCUCCACUUCCACCUCUUGGAGCUGGAGAAGGUCACGGAAACUUAUUAUUCCUUCCGCCUGUCUGCUCCCUAAUCCUCCAAUCCCGAUCAUGAGUGUCCACGAGUUGUGCGACAACUUCUGCGCUCGCUACGUCAGCUGCCUGAAAGGGAAAAUGCCAAUCGAUUUGGUGAUUGACGACGAGGACAACCACAAUCCGCUAUUGAGUCGACAUGACAACAACGCGAUGACGUCUGCUCGCAAGCCGCUGCUCACGCCGCAGGGUCACCACGGUGACCAUCGCACACACAAAGGCAACGAGGUAGGUGGGGGCCUGACGUGUCCCAUCCCCGGUGACGACGAGGAAGACAGCGGCUGCGACGUCAACCAUGAGCGUCCCCGCCACAAGAAACGAGGCGUCUUCCCCAAAGCGGCCACCAACAUCUUGAGGGCGUGGCUCUUCCAGCACCUGGUGUUUAUACGGCUAAAGGUUCACACUUGGACAAUAAAGAUGAUUCGGACGAGGAUUCAGCGUCGUACAAUUCUUGAAAGCGCUAAUUUCCUGUGUUGCUUGUCGUUAUUGUCGUCACGUGUUAGCAUCCGUAUCCAUGCGAGGACGAGAAGAAGCAACUGUCACAUGACACGGGCCUCACCAUCCUGCAGGUCAACAACUGGUUCAUCAAUGCCAGGCGGCGAAUUGUUCAGCCAAUCCUUGACCAGAACAACCAAACUGAAGGCCAGACCGCACUACAUGACACCAACGGUCAACCAGUACGACAACUUGCUAUGGACACACACACACGUAACGGUCACAGCACCUGGGUUAGUGGGUGGCGUUGCCACAGCGACGAGGACCAGUGGCACUGCAUGUAACACAACCUAUCAGUAUGAGCUACUGCUUGAAAUGAAUAGAGAUUCUAUUAAUUUAUUCCAGUCUCCCCCCCCCCCGCUACAAAAAAAUGUUUUUUAACAGGAAAAGUAGGACUCUCUAAUAUUGUACUUUAUGAAAGCAUAUGUAUUGACAUUAUUAAAUAGAAUGUAAAGAA